AUGGGCAAAAGUGCCGCGUAUACCUGUUGCGGGCCGCCGGCGCCGACGCCGCGCUUCACGCAGUCGGCGCUCACCCUCAGUGCAGCCAACGCCUCAGCGAUUGAUACCUACGGCACUCACUCGCUGACGCUGGACCUCGCUUUGGCCAAACCACUCAGCUGGAAGUUCAUCGUAGCCGAUGUCAGUGAUCCCAUCCUAGGCGCGGAUUUUCUGGCACAUUUCGGCCUCGCUGUCGACCUCCAUCACAGACAGCUCCUCGAUGCCGACCACUCACACCAUACCACCGGUGCAAUCCUUCCAGCUCGAGUCUUCUCCGUCGCAGUCAAUAUCACGGCCGACGUCGCUGAGGGUGUGUUUGCUGACCUGUUGAGAGACUACCAAGAUCUAGCUACUCCAGGCAGCACCACCAUUUCACUACCGGAUCUCUCCGCCCUCCACCACAUCGUGACGAACGGUCCACUAGUUGCAGCACACCCACGCCGGCUCCACGGGGAGCGCCUCGAGGCGGCGCGUGCAGGAUUUCGAGCGCUUUUGAAGAUGGGCAUCGUCCGUUUAUCAGACAGCUCCUGGGCGAGCCCUCUACAGCUGGUCAAGAAAGCCGAUGGCUCAUACCGCAUCACGGGCGACUAUCGCCAGCUCAACAGUCUCACCGUCCCGGACAGAUACCCGCUCCCAGUUAUAGAGGACCUUUUACUGGAACUACAAGGCGACACCUUCUCAGUCAUAGACUUGAAGAAGGCCUUUUAUCAAGUCCCUAUCGCUCCCGAAGACGCGCACAAGACGGCGAUUACAACCCCCUUUGGGCUCUUCGAAUUUACUCGCUCGUCGAUGGGGCUCCGCAACGCGGCACAAUCUCUCCAACGCGCAAUGGAUCAUCUUCUGCUCGACCUGCCGUUCGCGCGAGCAUAUCUGGACGACAUAGUCGUUGCAUCCAGGGGUCGAGAGCAGCAUUUAGAGCAUCUCCGGGUCCUCUUCGCCACUCUACGCAAGGCACGCAUCAAGAUCAAUCAGGACAAGUGCGUCCUGGCCAAAGAUUCAGUCACCUAUCUCGGGUACUACAUCUCUAAAGAUGGCUUUAACUACUACAGCCGAUGCAUCCCUGGAGCUGCACGCCUCCUCGCACCUCUCAACGAUCUACUGAAGCUCUUGCCGCAGUGCAAGAAACCGUCGCCUCUCGCCUGGACGAAGGAAGCACAAGAUGCCUUCGAGAAAACGAAGCGAGCGCUCGCAGACGCAGUUACCACUACCUUUCUGCGUCGCGAGGCCCCUCUACGGCUCUACACCGACGCCUCCGACGUCGCCAUCGGUGCUGCCCUGGAGCAGUACGAGAGGGAAGACAUCUGGCGCCCACUAGGCUUCUUUUCUAGAAAGCUCUCGGACACCGAGAGGCGCUACAGCACCUACGAUAGAGAGUUUCUCGCCGCAUUCGCCUCGGUUAAGCACUUCAGCAGCAUCCUCGACGGGCGCCCUUUCACCCUGUACACGGACCACAAGCCGCUGUCCCUCGCAGCUCAGCAGCCACCGGAAAAAGCCUCGCCUCGCCAGUCCAGACAGCUCAACUUCAUGUACCAGUUCCCGAUCAAGCUGGCGUACGUCAAGGGCCCCAACAACAUCGUCGCAGACGCCUUGUCAAGAGUCAACACGAUCAAGAUGCCGGCUUGCCUGAACCUCACCACCCUCGCCCAGCAGCAAGCGAGCGAUCAAGACCUGCCGCACUUGCUCGACACCGGAGACGGAAAACUUCAGCCCCUCAACAUCGAGGGUUCCUCCCUGUAUUGCGCAGUGGACGGAAAUGUAAUUCGGCCGUACAUCCCCAAGGAGCUGAGGAAGACCGUCUUGGAGGCACUGCAUGGGUUCUCCCACCCAGGCGUCCGUUCCACGACGAGGACGAUUGCCCAGAAGUACUUCUGGCCACACAUGCGGAAGGAGAUUGCGCGUUGGGCGCGCGCUUGCGAGACAUGCCAGCACUCCAAGGUCCACUGGCACAACCGAGCAGCUCUAGGAGACUUCGCGGCCCGGAUGCGCGUUUCGACCACCUGCACCUGGACCUCAUCAAGCUCCCGUCGUGCUCGGGUUUCCAGUACUGUCUCACCAUCGUCGACAGGUUCUCCAGGUGGCCGCACGCCAUCUCUCUUCCGGACCAGCAGGCAGACACGGUCGCGCGAGCCUUCCUCGAGCACUGGAUCAGCUCGUUCGAGACGCCGCUCACCAUCACCACGGACCAGGGUGCACACAACACAUUACCACCCGCAGGCCAAUGGGCUGGUGGAAAGGAUGCACCGCACUCUCAAGGCGGUCCUCAUGUGCUGCGCAUCAAUACCGUGGCCGCAGGCCCUUCCAGCCGUCCUUUUGGGCCUCAGAACGACCUUCAAAGAGGAUCUUCAGGCUUCUCCGGCCGAGAUGCUCUUCGGCACAACUCUCCGAGUCCCAGGAGACUUCUUUGUUUCAGCUAGUCAUCCAGAUGCGAACGCGCCGGCUUUCGUCGCCCAGUUGCGUGGCCUCAUCGGCCGGUUGCGGGCAGCCCCAGGGUCCAGGCACCUACCGCCUCGCACGCCGUUUUUCCACGGCGACUUGCGCACCUGCACGCACGUCUUCAGGAGAGUCGACACGGUCCGCACGACGGUGCAGCCGCCCUACACGGGGCCACACAGGGUGCUGCGACGCCUCGACGACCAGCGAUACGUGGUCGAGGUGAACGGCGAGGCCAAGACCCUCUCGAACAGCUCCCUCAAGCCGGCGUACCUGGAGGUAGCCGAUCAGCCGCCUACCAACGCCCCGCUCCCUGCGCGGGCCUCACCAGCUUCAGCGGCUCCGGCUCCUCCACCUGCCGCGCCAUCGGCGCAGGCAGCUCCACCAGCCGCGCCAUCGGCGCAGGCAUCAACACCAUCAGGGCCCGAGGCACGGCCACUCGCACAGGGUCCUCCAGCUGGGCCAUCCACGCAGGCGCAUCCAGAGCCCAUGCCGUCCACCCAGCCGCAACCACCUGUGUCGCCGCCUGUCCCGGCGCCUUCAACAUCGCCGCCGCCGCCGCCCUCCGCCAGUCCAUCCCUCAACGGGCCAAGGAAAACGGUGUCGUUCCGGACGCAGUACACGUCCGACACUGGCGGGGGAGUAGCUGUGGCGCCACGCGCUGGACAGCGUCGUCGCCAGCGUAAGCAGACGCUGCAGCCGAGGCCUGACUUCGACUAG